AUGCAAAAAGUUGGCUUCAUAGAUGUUUGGCCUCGCACUUUCGCGCCUUCCAACAGGACAUAUCAGGAUAUCAACUACUACAUUGAACCUAAAAUAGUGACUGAAAGUUUGGUAAAGUUUCUUCUUGAUGGCAAGUUCUGUCUCUUAUACGGGCAUCGCCAGAGUGGCAAGUCAACUACUGCCUAUGCAAUAAAAAAGUGGCUUGAAGACAACACGAUAAGGAAGUUUACAUCAUCACCUUUUCCAGCGGAAUCGUGGUUGAUAAAGGACUCGAGGCAUUCUGGUAUUCCGUAUGCACUAAGAUACAAUGUCAUUAGGGAGUUCCUUCUCAGCAAUCAACGACCUGAUUCUGAGUCAAAUAUUUCGCCUUUUUCGGAUGAGACAAGCAUGAAAUCAACCCGUUUUACUCAAGCAGAGAUUGCGGAACUUCUUAAUCAGUAUUCUGAAGAGAAUAACUUUGAAUUAGAUAUAUACCAAAUCGCUGAGGAUAUUUAUUCCCUCAUUCUUGGGCACAAGGGUCUCGUUGAUCAAGUUAACGAUCGAUGGAUGGAAUGGGCGACUUUCAGACUACCUGAAUUCAUAAGGGGGAAGGCAACAUAUGAAUCCAUAAUUCGUGCCCUCCAUAGCCUAUCGGAGAAACGGAAAAAAAUCCUUGCGAGGGUCCUUUGCUAUAGAACUGAUGUAGUUUCUCGGGACGAUCCUGAUGUGAAAUUCCUCCUUGCGGAAGGAAUGAUUGUUGUUAAAAGAAAGCUGGGUAGUGAGGACGUAUUAAUCCAGUGUGCCGCACCUAUCCUUCGUAAUAUCAUGCUUUAUCAAAUAACAGGGCCUAAUAUCGACCUAUCCAAGAGCCCCAAAUCGGUUAAAGCUCAAACAAUUGAUGCCAAAUGGAUGUUGGAGCGCACUAUUGAGAACCUAUCCAUCCAGCAUAUUUUCACUGAUAAAACUAGCAAUUCUGGCGGUGAGCCGUCUGAGUGUGCAUUCCAAGCCGAAUUCAUCACCGUUAUGAAGAAUCUGCUUUCAACGGCCUAUCCGAAACUUCUUUACCGUGUUCUUCCUGAGGUAAAGGAGUAUGAUGAUGAUGGGAUAGCAUGUGGAUGGAAACUUAUGGCUUUGAGCUCGUUGUCGAAGCAAGCCGGAAGACCUUCAACGAUCACUGCACACGCUCCAAAAAAUAUGCUGAUCUUCAUAAUUGCUCCAUGCAUUUGGUGA